GCGGCGACCAUCUCUCUCUCUCUCCCGGCUCCGUCUCCGCCGCCGCCGCUCGCCGCGCCCGUCGGAGGCGAGAUGGGCAUCAAGGGUUUGACGAAGCUGCUGGCGGACAACGCGCCCAAGGCGAUGAAGGAGCAGAAGUUCGAGAGCUACUUCGGCCGCCGCAUUGCCGUCGACGCCAGCAUGAGCAUCUACCAGUUCCUCAUUGUAGUUGGAAGAACAGGGAUGGAAACCCUCACGAACGAGGCUGGUGAAGUCACCAGUCAUUUGCAAGGUAUGUUCAAUCGGACAAUAAGGUUGCUAGAGGCAGGAAUCAAGCCAGUAUAUGUUUUUGAUGGCAAGCCUCCUGAUCUGAAGAAGCAAGAGCUCGCAAAAAGGUACUCAAAGAGGGAGGAUGCCACCAAGGAACUAACCGAGGCAGUAGAGGAAGGUGAUAAAGAUGCAAUUGAAAAAUUCAGCAAGAGAACUGUGAAGGUCACGAAGCAGCACAAUGAAGAAUGUAAACGACUGUUAAGACUUAUGGGGGUUCCUGUCGUAGAGGCACCAUGUGAAGCAGAAGCAGAAUGUGCUGCACUUUGCAUAAAUGAUAAGGUUUAUGCAGUUGCAUCGGAAGAUAUGGACUCUCUUACUUUUGGAGCUCCACGGUUUCUUCGUCAUUUGAUGGAUCCAAGUUCCAAGAAAAUACCAGUUAUGGAAUUUGAAGUCGCAAAAGUUUUGGAGGAGCUUGAACUCACUAUGGACCAAUUCAUUGACUUGUGCAUCCUAUCUGGAUGUGACUAUUGCGAUAGCAUUAAAGGUAUUGGGGGCCAAACAGCUCUGAAACUUAUUCGUCAACAUGGGUCAAUAGAAAGCAUUCUGGAAAACAUUAAUAAAGACAGAUAUCAGAUUCCUGAGGACUGGCCUUAUCAAGAAGCUCGACGCUUGUUCAAGGAACCCAAUGUUACGUUAGAUAUUCCUGAGUUGAAAUGGAAUGCGCCUGAUGAGGAAGGUCUUGUAGAGUUUCUAGUGAAAGAAAAUGGCUUCAACCAAGAAAGGGUGACAAAGGCCAUAGAGAAGAUUAAAUCUGCCAAGAACAAAUCUUCCCAAGGAAGGCUCGAGUCCUUCUUCAAGCCAGUUGUCAGCACAUCCAUGCCUCUGAAAAGAAAGGAUACUUCAGAGAAAACAACUAAACCAGUCGCUAACAAGAAAACAAAGGGGGCCGGUGGAAAGAAGAAAUAAGUUUCAUGUGCCAUUCAGCAACAAGAGCUCCUGCCUAUGGUGUUUUCACUCGGAUUCUUAACUGCAUGAUGUAACUCAUCCUCCAUGUAAUGCUUUUAAUUUUUACUUGUAACUAGAACUUGACUCAUGCUAGUUCGUCUAUGUAUGUCACUCCGCUGUACUGGGCA